CAUGGAAUGAUUGAAACUCAACGAAAUGUCAAAAUUUAUCAAUUCACCCCUUAGCAAAAAUUGAAGUUGAUUAUUUGUUAUUUUAUAGGUUUUAUUUUAUUAGUGCUGAACAUUAUUUAUGUGAUGUCAAUCUAUUUGCGUGCUGUAUAAAUACAUCUACAAGAUGUUAUGAUUUCUUUUAAUUUAAUUAAAGAAAUCAAGGAGUGUUUCCAAAGUACAUAAAAUAAAAGUAUAAAAUGUCUGAACCAAAUAAUCCUUUUGCGGGACUCGUGGCCGUGCCUGAAAAGCCAGAUAACAAUACUAUGGAUACCAACAAUCCAUUGCGCAUUAACAGUAAAAACUCCCAAGCUGACAUUGACUGUGAAAUGAUAAAUAAAAUAGUUGAGAAUGUUUUCCACUUCACAAUAAACCCUAAUGCAGUGGAUGCCAAAUCAGGGUCUGACCGACAACUAGUGUAUCUAGAAGAAUUAGCUGAUGCCAUGAAGCCACACAAAUGCAUAGAUUUAGAAGGAUUGGAGCAAGCUCUAUUUGAAAGGCUGUUACUGACAGACAUAGAAUCAGCUGUGAUACCCAAAAGCAGAACUUACAAAGAGCAUGUUGUACAAAAGCAAGUGUUUCCAUACUUGUUCAGUUCUAUGCAGAAUUUACAGAGCUAUGACCAGAGUAGUUCAGUGGUUGUACAGAAUGGCCUAGUGAAGAUGCGAGAGUUGAUAUUUAGAAAUGCAGUGACGGCGCUCAAGCAGCCCAUGUUGUUUGAGGGACAAGACUUCUCUGUCCAGCUGGUGGAGUUGCUGCAGCAUGUCGAUCCUCAGAGCCAUUCCUUCUUUAUAGAUAUUGUCAAAGCAUUUGUAUCUGAUGGUGCAGAGGGUGCUCAAGAACAGUUGCGCGACGCCAUGCUGCCUGUGUUGAGAAGGAUUCACACUGACGUGAAUAAGUCUAAUAUAAUUAACCUACCUAUUUAUAUUCUACCAUCAAUUUAUCUGUUUGCCAGUCAUCCAAACCUAGCUCUCAUACUAAUGGAAGCAUGUGAGCCUAAGAUUGAGACCAAUGGAAGGUUGUAUCAAGACUCAGUAAUGGGAGCCCUGCUGAGCCUGUCCGUGCUGCCCAGGAACGCCACAGCCAUGCACGAGUUCUUUGACAACCCUAUGGACCAAUCAGCCACAACCAUGAUGGAGUCUUCAGUAUGGAACGCAACAACCCACCUAUCAAAUAACAUGCACAAGAUCUUCUUAGCACUGCUUAAAGGAGGUCCCCACAUGAGAAACAGAAUAUUGGCAUGGAUUGGAAAAUGUUUGAAGACAAAUGUGGCCAGAGGGAAACUCUGGAAUGUUCAGGCUGGUGAGAUCAGUGCAGCAACAUUGACUUGUGUCUCGGACGGGUUCAUGAUGAACCUGGGAGCGGUGCUGCUGCAGCUCUGCCAGCCGUUCUGCACCACCCCAAACGACCCUAAAGCACUCAAAAUAGAUCCUACAUAUGGUGCAGUACCUCCAGAAGAGUGCGCGGCCAAAUCCGUGCACUUAGACUGCCUGCACAGCGAGACGUGCCUGCUGCCGCCGCGCGAGCACGCGCCGCGCCCCGCCGCCGACACCUACAGCUUCGUCACCGAGUGCUUCUUCAUGACGCAGAAGUGCAUUGAUCUGGGUGUACGCGUAUGCGCGGAGAAGCUGUGGCGGUGCGGACAGGAGCUGGGCCGGGCGCAGCGCGCGCUGUCGGACGCGGCCGCCGUGUCCGCCGCGCACAUGCUGGACCCCCUGCGCCAGCGCGCGCAGCACCUCAUGACCAAAUUCGUGUCCCUCCGCUGCGCCCUCCUAGAACCGGACAUGCUGACGAACCUGCACCGCCUGCAGGCCACCGCCUGCACGUGGCUGGUGCAGCUGGCCCUGAGGGACGACGCCGCACCCGCGCCCGCGCCGCUGCCCGUCGUGCUGCCAAUUACCACGCCGCCUUCUGACUGCCUCAGAUGCGUGCCAGAGUUCGUCCUAGAGAACAUAGUGGUGCUGAUCACGAUGGCGCGCCGCAGCAUCGGCGCCAUCACCGAGGACGCGGACAUGACUGGCCUUCUGGAGCCGGCGCUGACCCUCGUGCUGGCCUUCAUGGGCGACUCGUCGCGCACUUACAACCCGCACUUGAGGGCGCGGUUAGCCGAGUGCCUCGAGUCGAUGCUGCCGAACCACCCCGACGACCAGCAGCCGCUGAGCAGCCUCGCCUCCUUCUACAGGGAACAGCUGUUCAAGGAACACCCGCACAGGCUGCAGAUGGUUCCGUGUCUCCUAGACGUGUUCGUGGGCAUCGAGAUGACGGGCCAGAGCGUGCAGUUCGAGCAGAAGUUCAACUACCGCCGCCCCAUGUACCUCGUCAUGGACUUCCUGUGGGACAUGGACGAGCAUAAGGCCGCCUUCACGCGGCUAGCCAAAGAAGCGGAAGAGAACAUGGAGGCGGUCCAGCCGCCUAUCUUCCUGCGCUUCGUGAACCUGCUGAUGAACGACGCCAUCUUCCUGCUGGACGAGGCGCUCGGCAACAUGGCGCAGAUACGCACCAUGCAGGCGCAGCAAGAAUCCGGCGCAUGGGCCACGCAAACAGCGCAAGAGCGGGAACAGAACAUAACAAACCUAUCCCACGUGGGAAUGCUGGCUCGCUUCGACAACAUCCUGGGCAAGCACACGGUGCGCACGCUGGCGCGGCUCACGGCGCACACGCCCGCCCUGUUCUGUCAUCCCACGCUCGUGGAGAGGAUUGCGUCUAUGCUGAACUACUUUUUGCUGAAUUUGGUCGGCCCGAAUAAGAAGAAUUUUAAGGUGAAAGACAUGAAGGAGUUCGAGUUCGACCCAGCCAGCACCGUUUUGGACAUCAGCCGCAUGUACGUGGAGCUCGGCGCCAACGAGCGGUUCUGCGCGGCCGUGAGCGACGACGGCCGCUCGUACUCGCCGCAGCUGUUCACCCUCGCCGAGGCCGUGUUGGUGCGCAUAGGCGGCGGCUCGCUCAUCGGUUCUCUCCAAGACGUGGCGACCCGAGUAGCGAGCAUCGCCGAGCAGCGGCAGAGAGACGAGGAGAUCCUCGCCAACGCUCCCGACGAGUUCCUCGACCCCAUCAUGAGCACGCUGAUGAGGGACCCCGUGCUGCUGCCUAGUUCGAGGACGACUGUCGACAGGACCACUAUAGCCAGGCAUCUGCUGAGCGACCAAUCGGACCCCUUCAACCGCUCACCUCUCUCAAUGGAUCAAGUCAAGUCUAACACGGAACUUAAAGAACGUAUUCACGCGUGGAUCGAAGAACAGAAGACCAUCGACCGGAACAAAGUCAAGGAGUAA